AUGGCCGACUCUCAGAAACAAGCGACCAUGACCGCUCAGAUGAGCAUCAUCAGCCUCGACCAGCACUCUCGCAAGCGCAAGAGAUCCGCUUCGACCGCUUCGACCGCUUCGACCGCUCCGACGCACAUCUUCAGUGCUGACGACCACCACCGCAUCUCCAGCAAGAUUCAAGACCUCCACAAACCGACCGCGCAGAAGUCGACUCACCCGUCGCGCCUCCUUGCUCUCGCCAACGAGCUGAGGAACACCAUCGUUGGGUACGUCCUCACCGAAGACGAGCCCAUCACCGUCGACGCCAAACUCGGUUUCACUGAACCCGGCCUCCUCUUGACCUGCAAGCAGCUCCGCACCGAGGCGGCUCCCGUGUUCUACGCCAACAACACCUUCCUCCUCGACCAGCAGGAUCACGACUCCGACAUGCUCGUGCUGUGGAAGAAGAAGACCAAGGCCGUGCAGCAGCAGUGGAAGGUGAAGCCGCAAAUCGUGGACAUCUGCGCGCACCAGACUCCCAGCUGGCCCAACGUGAGAGUCUGGCUGGAGAGGCUUUACACCGGUGAAGUGGACAUCAGCUAUCCCAUGGGCCAGAGAAACAUCGCAAAUGAAGAUCUGCAGUCGAGGGUGCAGCGGAUGGCGCUUGAGCUGGUGUUCAUCACCACCGCAUGCCUGCGCGCAGAAGGCAACGACUUCAGCGAGGAGAAGGUGGAGACCUCCCACCAGAUCCUGAAGAAGACGAAUGUGCUGUGGACUUGA